UCUAUGGCAGAACCGCAGCCCGCAGCCGGCCUUACCGAUGAGGCUGCCCUCAGUUGCUGCUCCGAUGCGGACCCCAGCACCAAGGAUUUUCUAUUGCAGCAGACCAUGCUACGAAUUAAAGACCCUAAGAAGUCAUUAGAUUUUUAUACAAGAAUUCUUGGAAUGACGCUACUUCAAAAAUUAGAUUUUCCCACUAUGAAAUUUUCACUCUAUUUCUUGGCUUAUGAGGAUAAAAAUGACAUCCCUAACGAUAAAGAUGAAAAAACAGCAUGGGUAUUCUCCAGAAAAGCUACACUUGAGCUGACCCACAAUUGGGGUACUGAAGAUGAUGCAACUCAGAAUUACCAAAACGGCAAUUCAGACCCUCGAGGAUUUGGUCACAUUGGAAUUGCUGUUCCUGAUGUACAUGGUGCUUGUAAAAGAUUUGAAGAACUGGGAAUCAAAUUUGUAAAGAAACCUGAUGAUGGUAAAAUGAAAGGCCUGGCAUUUAUUCAAGAUCCUGAUGGCUACUGGAUUGAAAUUUUGAAUCCUAACACAAUGAUAACUAUUAUUUAGUUCUAUGAGACUACGUCUUUGUGAUUUCAAUGAAGACAUUGUAGAGGACAAAAAGGAAACAAUGUGGUUCAAGAUAGUUAUGUAACAAAAGCAUUGAGGAUCAUUGUCCUAGUUCAAAUUAUUCUUAAAUUCAUUUCCUUUUCCUACUUCACCUAACUGUUCUGUAAUUCUGGUUUUAAAAUAGUGCUUUUAUCUUAUGCCCUUGAAUGUAAUUCUGUAACUUUACUUUUUGAAGUAAUAAUUAGAACAGUUCCCUUCAGACACUGCAUUGGCCUUCAUCUGUCUUCUAAAUAAGACAUCUUUUAAGCCUUUCUUUGAAUCAUCAUUUUCAAAAAAACAUUUAACAUGUUUUUGUUGUGGAUAUCUUCUGAGGUUUCAUUCCUCAGAAAUAACUUUUCCCAAUGAAAAGUAAGGAAAACACUGAACAAAAAUGAAACCUCAUGUGUACUUCAAACAGUAUGAAGAAUUGUGUUACAAAAGAAAGGUUCCUCUUGGAAGCAAUUGAGAAUCAUGCUGACAAGGAUGCUGAUAGAAAAACCAAUUUCUGUUCAUUUAUAAAGUACUUCCAAAGUUCAAGAACUAACUUCAUUUUUUUAGGA